UGUGGCAUGAGCUACUGUCUUAACUGUAGUGGAAUUGGUCACUGUACAAGAUGCCAUGAUGGUACUUUAGUCUAUAAAAAUCACUGCAUAGGCUUUUAUGAAUACGUAGAAGAAUUGAAUCUUGAAUUGGAGGAAGAGGAGGAAAGGGAAAAGGAGAAAUUUAAGACGGAACAAUUAGAAUUACAAAUAGCACUGCCUCUUGUUUGCUUUUUCGUGAUUGCAGCCUUUGUAUUAAUAGCAGUAUUUGUUCACUUCCGUUAUCCUCAUGUUGGCAAAAAUAAACGUCACAGAGAUCCAUCAAAGAGAGCUGAUAACUAUGAGGACACCAUUGAGAGCAAGUUCCGACCUCAAUCAACCGUUAGGUAUCGUUGAGGAGGAACUAUUUUAAUUAAUCAGCAGCUGCAGUUAGUACACAUUCAGCUUAGCAGUGGCUGUAUGUGCCU